AUGAUUGUUUUAAGUAAUGUAGCUGUGCCAACAGAUGGCAUUCGAUUGAUUCAAGGUCAAGUUACUGCAUAUAUUGAAAGUGAAUCUGCUGGUGAAGGUGAACUGACCAUUGCCGAAAGUUCAGUAACAUGGAUUUCAAAUAUAAGUGGACAAGGCUUUAGUCUGACUUAUCCGUCAAUCAUCCUUCAUGCUGUUUCACGGGAAAGUGGCAAAAUUAUCGGAAGGUUUAUCGAUGAAAUAAAUGAAGAAAAAUCUAGUCUCUUUUGUACGGAUCUUUUUGUUUGCUCUAAUCUUUUUUGUAUCAGUUUUAUGAGACGAUAA